UUUCAAUUUCAUUUUAGUCACAAUGUUGCAAUGGCUGAAGAUUCUGUUGGCCCUUGAAUUUGUAUUCGCUUUGCAAGAAAUAGAAGAUCCGGGACAACAGGAUAUAUCUUGGUGGCAGAGCAAUUUCUUUCAGUCUCACUGGCAGCAACGUAAACAUUUCACAGAACCGACGAACAAGAGAAAGAGGAUUAUGGAAGUCGAACGUAAGGUGUAUCCUUGCUACUGCUACAAACCGAAACCACAAAAGGAAGGUCACACCACACCAAAAUAUGAGAAGUAUAUGACAGAGACCAAGGAUUUAUUUUUCUUAAAUAAAUAAUAUAUAUAAUAUGUAUUCGUAAUGUGGAAAAAAUUUACGUCACGUUAAUAAUAAUAUAUUUU